CACUUUGCGGCGAUGAACGGACACCUAAGUUCCUGCGAAGCCUUACUCAGAGCAGGCAUCAGUCGCGAUGCUCGAACCAAAGUGGAUCGCACCCCGUUGCAUCUGGCUGCGCAAGAAGGUCAUGCGGAUAUCGUAGAACUGUUAUUACGUAAUGGAGCCGAUAUCAGCGCCAAAGAUAUGCUUCAAAUGACUGCACUUCAUUGGGCCGCGGAACGAGGUCACGCUCAUGUGGUGCAGAUGUUGAUGCGUUUCGGAGCAAAUGCACAUUUGGAAAACAAGUUCGAAAUGACUCCGCUGGAUAUCGCUGAGUCCAAAGGGCAUACUGAUGCACGCGAGGCAAUAUUGGAAUGUAAAGAACAUAGUCAAAAGGAAGAUAGAGAAUUCAUAUAG